UAGUUCCCAAAGCAACAAACUAACAAGUUCUCAAUUAGCAAUACCAAGAACUCCAAGCUACCCACUAAGAAAUGGCACCAGUUACCGUUGCCACCACCCCCAACACCACCCGUUCAGAUCUCACUGAAUUUGUGAUGCUCAAAGGGAAUGGAGUGAAGGGUCUCUCUGAAAUGGGGCUAAAGAGCCUCCCCGUGCAAUACAUCCAACCAUUGGAAGAAAGAACAUGCAUGAUCCAAGUUGUUCCUCAAGAGUCCAUUCCCAUCAUUGACAUGUCCAAUUGGGAUGACCCAAAAGUGGGAGAUGCAAUUUGUGAAGCAGCUCAGAAGUGGGGAUUCUUCCAAAUCAUCAACCAUGGGGUUCCACUCCAAGUGCUGGAGAAUGUGAAGGAUGCAACUUAUAGGUUCUAUGAGCUGCCAGCUGAACAGAAACUGAAGUACACAAAGGAGAACUCUCCAUCAAAAGAUGUGAGGUAUGGUUCCAGCUUUAGCCCUGAAGCUGAGAAGGCAUUAGAGUGGAAAGAUUAUCUCAGUCUCUUCUUUGUUUCUGAAGCUGAGGCUGUAGCAACAUGGCCACCUGCAUGCAGGGAUGAAGCACUCGAAUACAUGAAGAGAUCUGAAACUGUAAUCAAACAGCUUUUAACUGUGUUGAUGAAGGGACUAAAUGUGAAGGAAAUUGAUGAGACAAAUGAGUCACUUUUGAUGGGUUCAAAGAGGAUCAAUCUUAACUACUAUCCUGUUUGCCCUAACCAUGACCUAACAGUGGCAAUAGGGCGCCAUUCAGAUGUAUCAACCCUAACUAUUCUCCUACAGGACCAAACCGGGGGCCUUUAUGUUCGAGCGGCGGACAGCCAAGGCUGGAUCCAUGUGCCGCCUAUCUCAGGUGCCUUAGUGAUCAACAUAGGUGAUGCAUUGCAAAUUAUGAGUAACGGAAGGUACAAGAGCAUUGAGCACCGAGUGACGGCCAAUGGAAGCAAGGUUAGGGUUUCAGUGCCAAUUUUUGUGAAUCCUAGACCCAUAGAUGUCAUUGGUCCAUUGCCUCAAGUCCUUGCUGGUGGGGAGAAGGCCAUGUAUAAGAAUGUGUUGUACUCAGAUUAUGUGAGGUAUUUCUUCAAGAAAGCUCAUGAUGGGAAGGCGACCAUUGAACAUGCUAAGAUAUGAAGGGUUGAUUAGCUCUAUUUUGAGCUCUUCUUAUCGAUAAAAAAGUAAAACAAUAAUGGAAAAUAAAGAUUAUGAUAUAAUUUUAUGUUCAA